AGGAGAUCAUCCACGGACAAAGCAAAGCACGGCCGAUUGCGCUGUCCAACUGCAGCGACGCGAGACGAGCAUUCAUCGGCAUUCGAGAUGAGGAGGAUAGUCGCGCGACAGUUGCUGCAAUAUGCGCGGCCCUUUUGACUUCCUGACAGCCAUUUUUGCAAUCUUGGUGAACGCGGGCCGAGAUAUGGAACCGCGACUCCAAAGGGGUUGAGUUGAUGUUCGAGCGAAGGCCGACAUUUGACAGAGAAACAAGAUCUUGAAGAAAAGAUGGAGCCUAAUAUUAUGCAGCAGAGGCCUGGCCGUCGCGGUGAGAGUCUAAAUUACGACAUGCACGAGAAAGUUAUGCCCGGAUUGUCCCAGAGAGCACGCGAGGCUCGAGAAUGGGUUUUCAAAGAAAUCAAAGAUCCCGGCACGCUAACGAUGAAGCCUCGGAAGAGGUGGCGCAUAGAUGGACCGCAAUUGUACGUGAAAUUCACCAGAGAAGAAGGUCACUUUGCCCUGAACAACUUAUGCACGCUCCCGCGAUAUCACAUGCUCCCGGAGCUCAGAAGGCUGCAGUGCUGGUACCUCCCCAAGCUUCCGAAGAUGGUGCACCCAGUGUGCUAUCAUCCGCCCGUGCCCAGGAGGAGGAGAGCGCACACCAUAUUUGCCCGGCCACAAAUAUGGGAGAACGAGGACAAGUGGGGGCGAUGGGAUCAAUCCGCGCAACGUGACACGGACUCGGAACUUGAAGGAAAGAUAGCGGAAAACGUCUUCAACGACAAGCUCAACACAAAUCGCUACUAUAAAACACAUGCUGAAGCCAUAGAAGCAUGGAGGAAGGAAUACCGCAAGUACUGGUAUAGAGCGAAGACUCCACCCAAACCCAAGCUCAUUAGCAAUUUGAGGUCGAGGAAGUGGGAUCUGGAUGAACUGCGCAAGUUGGAAGCCUGGCAGCAAAAACUCAGUGAGCCUCAAUCACUCCACACUUCAGAUUAUAAUCCAACAUCUGCGGAGGAGUCUGACGGAGAGGGGUACUCUGGGCAUGGAGACAACUUGAGUACGGACGACUGGUGGGGCAGUUGACUUCUGAUAUCUUUCCAUAGAACUCAAGAGGUCUUAGUCGUGUACGAGCAUUUAGCUUCACAGGUAGCACAGCGAAUUUUGAUAACGAAGGCUCGCGCACAAAACAUAUACAUCAGGCAGUUCGGUCGGCAUGUCAAAACUCUCAGACUCUCCUUGCUUAAUAAAAAACGACACCAGCACAAAAGUAUGAACGUUACGAGUAUUGAAAUAAAAAGCGUGCCGACUAUUUCGGACGCCAAUCACAUUUCAG